CCUAGUCAUUGCUUCACUCGUCUUGGUCACCUCUCUCUCUCUCUCUCCUGCACUCUCUCCUUCCAAAACCCUACGUCAUCUUAACAUAUUCUCCUCCUGCACUGAUCACCAUAUAUACAUAGCUGACUCGCUAAAUAAAACAUCUCUCCACACCCAACUUACACUUCAUCUCAUCACAGUGUUCAACAACACAGAAUCUUUAGCUGCUGAGCCAACUCGAAACCCUAGGGCACAAAACAACCAGAUAUGGAGGAGUAUCCGACAGGUUUCAGGUUCUACCCAACUGAGGAAGAGCUCAUUUCGUUCUACCUGCACAACCAGCUUCACGGCCUUCAGCAGGACAAGAUUCAUCGUGUCAUCCCAGUCCUCCACAUCUUCGACACUGAGCCAUGGAAUCUCCCACAGCUUGCGGGAGAGCUGUGCAGAGAAGACAGAGAGCAGUGGUUCUUCUUCGCGCCCAUGCAGGAGAGGGAGGCCAGAGGAGGGCGGCCCAGCAGGAGCAUGACCACCGGCUACUGGAAGGCCACCGGGUCUCCCGGUUACAUCUACUCAUCCGACAACAAGGUGAUCGGCAUGAAGAAGUCGAUGGUUUUCUAUGUGGGAAAAGCUCCCAAAGGAAGAAAGACCCAGUGGAAAUUGAACGAGUACAGGGCCAUUGAACUCUCGCCGACCAAUCCCAAUUCAUCGAGCAGUAACAUUUCUAUUACUAAGCUGAAGCGGGAACUCACCUUGUGCCGAGUUUAUGUGGUGUCUGGGACGUCUCGAGCAUUUGAUCGCCGACCAUUGGAAGCAGUGGUUGGAGAGACAACAAUCCAGGGUGGGGGCUGUGCUGCUAGCAGUGGAGGCAUAGGCGGUGGAUCUGGAGAUAUAUCAUCAUCAGGAAUAGUAGCAGCCGAUGUAGGAAGUUCCAAUCAAUGGGAGACGGCAAGUUUGGAAGAACCAACGUGGGAUUGGGACCAACUGGAUUGGCUCUAACUUUAUGUAGCAGUUCUCUGAUGAUGAAGUGAGCUUCUCCAAGUAUCAAUAUUUUUACGUUCACAGUCGAUGUGUUGAAGAGCUUGUGACUCGUGGUUUAUAAGAAAAUCAUUUGAUCAAGAUUGAAUACCAGUCAAUCUUGAACAAAUGUUAGAAAAAUUAGGGUCAGUAAAAUGUGGGAGUAUCUUGUAAAAUAAUAAGGAAUCGGUGAGAUAUCUGCCAUUGUAUUUGUAUAUAGUUCGGUUGCAUUUU